AUGGAUCUUGGGAAAGCAAAGCUCCCACGGACAGGCCUGAACACCCUACACCAGGCAAUCCACCCGGUGCAUGGAAUAGCAUGGACGGACGGAAAGCAAGUGUGCCUGACGUCUUUGUACUUUGCCAACGGAGACCUGCAGUUUGGUGACACCAACGUCAUCGGGCAGUUUGAGCACGUGCUUGGCCUGUACUGGGGUCCCCUCUGCUGCUCGGGGUCCCCGGCCCUGCUGGCGGUCGAGCACAAGAAGCAUGUGACGGUGUGGCAGCUGCAGCUCAGCUCCUUGGAGCAGAGCAAGCUGCUGUGCACGCAGACUUGCGAGACAAGUGAGCCCUUCCCCCUGCUCUCCCAGGGCUGCAUCUGGCACCCCAGGUCUGACAUCCUGGCCGUCCUGACCAAGCGCGACGCCUCGGUCCUCUUCUCCGUGCGUGUGGACAACCGCAGGGUACGGGCCGACAUCCGGGGAAACGACCCCAUCCACUGCGCCUGCUGGACGAGGGACGGGACGCGGCUGGUGCUGGCCAUCGGCACCACCCUCCACUCCUACAUCUGGAACGACAUCCAGAGGACGCUCACAGCCUGCACCUACUGCCCCCUGUUCGAUGUGGGGGGCUACAUCUGCGCCAUCGACUCUACUGAGCAGGCUCAGGUUGCGGUGGCGACCGAGCUACCGCUAGACAGAACCAACGUUGGUGGGGUGUGCAACGUCCCCUCUGACUCCGAGCCCCUACGCUCCCAGUUGCCCGUGUCGUUGCUGGAGGGCGAGUGGAGUCCAGACCCACGGAGGAGGUCUUUCGACUCUGAAAGGUUGUUCGCUUUCGGCUCUGUUUCCACACCUCCGUAUGGGUCAGACGACAUGGUGCACAUCCUUGCCAAGCACAGGAGGUCUGACCCCAGCCCCCUUCUCCACCUGAAGAGCAGAGACCACUCAGGAUCUAGCCAAGAGUCCUCUCACCUGGUCCUGGUGACGUAUGAGAGGAAAGUGACCACAGUCAGGAAAGUCAUCAUCCCUGGCAUCCUGGUCCCUGAUAUAUUGGCAUUUGAUGCCAGCGGACGGAUUGUGGCUGUGGCCUCCAACUCCUGCAACAUGGUGCUGGUGUAUGGCAUCAUGGCAGCUGCUGUGCCGAACAUGCAACAGAUCCAGCUGCAGAAGAAUGAGAGGCCCAAGGGGGUGUGCUUCCUAAAUGACCGUUCACUGCUCCUCAUGGUGGGGAAACAGAAGUCCGGCGAUCCCGCCUUCCUCCCUUCCUCCAACAACACGGAAAAAUAUGUCAUCAGGCUUGUGACCAAAGAGCUAAUUUACAAUGAGGGGGUGGGACCAUUGGCCACCAAAUGUUCGGAAUCUGAUAUGAAUUCAUACAGAAUUAGAAGGAAUUUCUCCAGGGAAGAGUCCCCAGGAAUAAAGGACCAUGCACCCCUUGAGGCAUCAGUGAUCCAGUCACCAAGAAUCAGGAGGAAGUCGAGUGCAGAGAUAAAGAAUGGCGACUCGGAAAGGAGUAGUUCCCACAACUCUCAGCGGGGGACCUCAACAUCGCCAAUUGCUGUCGAGAACUUUGACAUGGAUCACAUCAAGCGGAUGGCAAGCCUGGCAGCAGCUGGCCAGGUUGGCAAGGACCCCAGCUCGGCUGGGCCACCUCGGUUGGAGGUACUAGACAGGAUGCACUCAGACGCCACCCAGCCGAGGGACAGCUGCCUGCCAAAAGAGAGGGCACUGGAUGAGCUGUCCCAGAAAAUAGAGAAACUUUUCACCAGGUUCACAGAGCUGCAGCAAUGUCUGUCUGAAAUUACAGACUUCACUCGCAACGGGAGGAAGUUCACAAGGAACUACCCUUUACCCCAGGAUCCUCCCUUUGUAAAUAUAACGUGUCAGAAGCAGCUUUCUGAGAAUGUGUUCAUCGAUGAGAGGCGAUCUGUCCUACUCUGUGAGAACAAGCUCCACCUGGGUGUGGUCCGAGACCUCUUCAACCUUUCUGUCGUGGAGAUGAUGCAUGGCCCGCUUUGGAUCAUUCUUGUCGAGGACGCCGAAGGAUUUGUACCACUGAAUUUCAUACCCGACAGCGAGCUCACUGUGAGGAAUGGGAAGCGGAAAAUGGCAGACAGUUUUCCCCGUGAGGCAGAAGUGCCAAGUCCAGCUGGGCCUGACUCCCAAAGCGCCGAUACCUGA